AUGUCAGAUAUAUCCUUUGAGCAUUUUGACCCUGAACUAGAAUUAAAAAAUUUGGAUGAAAAUGGAAAACCAAUUAAGCCCCGUAAAAAACCAGGAAGAAAGCCCAAUCCGCCUUCUCCUGCUCAAAGGAAAGCGCAAAACAGAGCAGCACAAAGAGCAUUUCGAGAACGCAAAAGGCGAGAGAUGCGUGAUGCAGAAACCAACAUCAAAAAAUGUAUAUACAUGCGAGAUCAGGCCAUCAAAGAUGCCAAACAACUGCGAAAAAAAGUAGAUGAAUUACGCUAUGAGAACAACUUUCUCAAGGGACAGGUGUUGACGCUCAAGAUUGCCUGUAUUGCCAAUCGAGUCGAUGUGCCUAAAUUUUGGGAUACUGGCAUGAGAGAUAAAAUGGGCUCCGAUAUCACUACAUUCUCAAGAACAAAAGAUAUACCUCAAUCAUUGGAAUUCUUCUUGGAUAGCAAAAAGUGUAUCGUUACCAUGGCAACCGAAAAUUUGGCGGCAUACGAUAUGACACCUCCUCAAUCUGUGUCAUCCGAGAUACCAAUGCACCACCAAGGGGACCAACAGCACCACAAUUAUACCAACACCAGCACGGGCAACAGCAACACAUUUAUGGAUCAAGGCAUGAUUGACCCUCUAUCACCGCCUGAUCAAUCACAGCAGCACCAAGCACCACCUACUGCUACCCUUGGACUUGACAAUUUCAGUAACAUGAUUCAAUCCGUUUCGACAGAGAUGGACCCUGGGCUAAUGCAAUUCUUGAUGCAACCCGAGACAAUGAACGAGAUAAUGAACCAAAUGAAAGAUGUGCCUCCGGAACUAUGGUUAAGCCAAGUACCUCCCGAAUUUCUACCAUUGAUACCAGCUGAAAUCAAAUCUUAUCUGGAUCAUCCAGAAGCAGAUCUCUUGGAUAAACUCAAGGCAGAAUUCGGUCUGAGUGGUAUCGCAUCACCACCUCAUCCCUCUGAUCCCAUGUAUCACACUACAUCGCCUCCACCUUUGUCUGCUUCUACCUCUGCUCCUGUUCCUACUGCUUCUGUUUCUACCUCUAUCACAGGCAUCCCUCCUCCUCCUCCCUCUCAUACAUCUGAUGGCACACCCAAUUCAACUUUCAAGCCCGAGAUUCCUGUGGAAGAUGACUUUUGGAUGGACAUCAAGAACCCAGCACUACCACCCAAUGUAUCUAAUAAAGUAUAUGUAGCCGGUCCUAUAUCUCCCUUAGAUGCAGUUACUCAGAUGAGAACCAUGCGAGAUCAGAAUGACAAUCGAUACCUGUUGACACCAACUGAACUACAGCGCAAGAUUCCUCACGAUCCUCGCAUUGAUUUGAUUCCAGGCCCUACCAUGAGAGAUUUCAUGAUCAUUUUCCAAGACUAUUACGACGCCAAUGAACUCUUUAACUUUCUUUUGGAAUCAGCCAUGUUUAUUGGUGGUGAAUUAGGCAAUCCUGAUUGUUGGUUCGUGCCACCAAAUUUCAUUCGUAAAUACUGGUUCUUGUGUCCCAAUUAUCGUCCUACACGACCCGAUAAUUCUGUGGAACUCGCUGUAUUCUUUGCACAGAGAAUGAUUGAUUCUCUCAAGAGACGCAAAGAAAUGUAUAUCAUGCGUGAUAAACACAUGGAGUACUUUUUACAGCCCAAUUUGGAGAUGGGAAUGGAAGACGAGGAGGACGAGGAUAGUGAGGAUCAACAGUCUGCUGUAUUUGAACAGCACGAUCGCAUAGAUAUGCUUGUCAUCAACAAUAUCAACAAGGAUAUACCUCGUAUCAUUUCGCCUAACGCGUUUACAGUGUAG